GUUGAGGGUGCCGCUUUUUGUUUUUUCCUCUCGUUCUGAAAUGUACGACCGUCUGGAUCCCCGCUCGGCGGCGAGAGGAAGGCUUUUUGUGGGUCUAAUACAAGGAAGCGUCGUCUGAGAGAGGGGGGACGGAUAGACGCCUUUUCCUCCUCCUCCUCCUUCCUUUUGCCCCCUUUCCUGCUCUUUUUUGGCAGAUAGUGGGGUUGAAACUGGAGUAAACGCUUUAUUUUGUUUAUCUUUGCUCCUAUAAAAACAUUUGAAUCCUGCUGCGCAACCACACCGGAUCACGUGGCACUGGAAAAGAGUUGAAUCGAUUUUUGCACAGUUCUGUCAGUGAGGGGGAAAAGAGAGGAACGCACAACUCUUUCCUUUCUACUUUUGCAGAUAACUGGGACUGUUGAUACUUCUGCAUAAUCCUGAGAGCCUAAGGUGUUGAAGAGGGUUCAUUUUUUUCACCCUUGGAGGUUUGGAGUAUUGAUUCUUAUAUGCCUGGGGUUUGAAAAACAAUGGAGACGCACAUUUCGUGCCUCUUCCCGGAAAUUUUGGCUAUGAUUUUCAGUUAUCUGGACGUGAGGGACAAAGGCAGGGUAGCCCAAGUAUGCAUCGCUUGGAGGGAUGCGUCCUACCACAAGUCGGUGUGGAGGGGGGUCGAAGCCAAGCUGCACCUCCGCCGGGCAAAUCCAUCCUUGUUCCCAAGCCUUCAGGCCAGGGGCAUCCGGAGGGUCCAGAUCCUGUCUCUGCGCCGCAGCCUGAGCUAUGUCAUCCAAGGGAUGCCCAACAUCGAGUCCCUUAAUCUGUCCGGCUGCUACAACCUGACGGAUAACGGGCUGGGCCACGCAUUUGUGCAAGAGAUCCCAUCGCUGAGGGUUUUGAACCUGAGUCUUUGCAAGCAGAUCACGGAUUCCAGCUUGGGCCGAAUUGCCCAGUACCUGAAAAACCUGGAGGUGCUGGAGCUUGGUGGCUGCAGCAACAUCACCAACACUGGGCUUCUGUUGAUAGCGUGGGGCCUCCACAGACUUAAGAGCCUUAAUCUGAGGUCCUGCAGGCAUGUCUCAGAUGUGGGAAUUGGACAUUUGGCGGGUAUGACCCGUAGUGCAGCAGAGGGCUGCUUAAACCUGGAGUACCUGACUCUCCAAGACUGUCAGAAACUGACAGACCUGUCACUUAAACAUAUUUCCAAGGGGCUGACCAAGCUGCGGGUGCUGAACCUGAGCUUCUGUGGUGGGAUCUCAGAUGCUGGGAUGAUCCACCUGUCCCACAUGACCUCCCUGUGGAGCCUCAACCUACGCUCUUGUGACAACAUCAGUGACACGGGGACUAUGCACCUUGCCAUGGGCACUCUCAGGCUCUUUGGACUCGACGUUUCUUUCUGUGACAAGAUCGGGGACCAGACACUUGCAUACAUAGCUCAGGGGCUGUACCAGCUGAAGUCCCUGUCCCUGUGCUCGUGUCACAUCUCUGACGACGGGAUCAACCGGAUGGUGAGGCAGAUGCACGAGCUGAGGACCCUGAACAUUGGACAGUGCGUGCGCAUCACAGACAAAGGGCUGGAGCUCAUAGCGGACCACCUGACCCAGCUGGUGGGCAUCGACCUGUAUGGAUGUACCAAGAUCACCAAGAGGGGACUGGAGAGGAUCACCCAGCUCCCCUGCCUUAAAGUGUUGAACCUGGGACUCUGGCAGAUGACGGAGAGUGAGAAAGUUAGGUGAUUGGAAGAGUUUUAGGAGUCUGUGUGUUUUUUCAUUUUAUUUUAUUUUUUGGUUUCUGUUUGGAAAAAGGAACACAAAAGCAGGAAGUUGGGCUAAAAAGUUGAUUUUUCAUCACUUAAUUAAAAAAGAAGAACCUUCUUGCCUCCUCCAUGUGGCUAGAUUUUCUUUUAUUUUGUUGCAGGGUUUAAAAUUUAUAUCCGUGAUAUAAUU